GAUACAGGCGACAGGAAUGUCUUGGGUCUUUGGAGCUGGAUCAGAGAGCAUCUAUCACAGUCAGCACUUCAGGCAUUUUACGGUUUAGACAGCCCUGUCACUGCGGACUCAGCGCUUAUGAAGGACUUUUGGAUUUGGGAAGAGAACAUUCAAGUGCUUAUGAUGAGCCCUGCACCCUCAAUCCUCGCUCGAGAUGCGUUUUUGGCAAGAGAGAGAUGGUUACGAGCUUGGGAAAAAUAUGUGCAGCAGGGACGCUACAAAGGCGCUUCUAAGUUCAUACAAGAUCGAGUGGCUCUUCACAUGAAGGAGUUUGAUCUCACAGAGGAAGCCUACGGUCGAGUGGAGUCCGGAACACCGCAUGCACUGUUGGUGAAUAUGGUUCCGUCCUCUUUCUGGUUCAUCAGCUACAUCUUCCAAGACCCGACACUGCUGGCCGAAAUCCGGCAAGAGAUCGAUCGAUGCAUCGCGAAGAACGGCAGCCGGUAUGAACUCAACGUUUCCAAGCUUCGAACAUCAUGUCCGCUGUUCGGGAGCACUUUCAAAGAGACACUACGUAUCGUGGCACCACUCCACACGAACCGAGUCAUCGCAGAGGACACUCUCGUCACUCAUCCUGGCACCGGGCAGACGUGCUUACUGAAGAAAGGCGCUACGAUUCAAUACGCCUCGACCUUGAUCCACAAGAAUGAAAGUGUUUGGGGAGAAGAUGCGAAUUCAUUCCAAGCACGUCGAUUCUUGCCCAUGUUUGAGAAGAGUAUGGAAGGCAGAGGCAUGGACCCAGCGACUUCGUAUCGAGAUGGAGGUGGGAGAGUGCAUACCGGUUCAUUCCGAUCGUUUGGUGGUGGAUUCAAUGUCUGUCCCGGACGGCAUUUCGCAGAAGCGGAGGUACAAGGCAUCGCUGCGUUAUUUUGCGCAGCGUUUGAUAUGCAUGGCAAAGAUGGUCAAGCGUUCGCUACGCCACCUGUGGAAAAGGCGAACGGGUUUCUCUUCACUGCCGCAGUCAAGCCAGCUCAUGAUGUACAAGUCAGGCUGGCCAGAAGGAAAGGAUAUGUAGGUGUCCAGUGGCAAUUA